AGCGCGCGAGUUAACCCGCUGCAAACUGCAAGGGAGGCGAUGCGCAGAGAUUAAUAAAGCAAGAGGAGGCAGACAACGGGGUGCCCCACCCUGGAUGUGUGAGUCUAGUUUACUUUGCUGGACUACAACUCCCAUCAGCCCCAGCCAGCAUAGCCAGUGGUCACUGGGAGUUGUAGUUCAGCAACGUCUGGAGAGCACCACGUUGGCUGCGGCUGCUGGAACAGAGCAUCCACUUACCCGCCCAGAAUUUGGGGGAAUGCGGUGCAUCCUCACGACAACCCUGUGAGGUAGGUUAGGAUGAGAGGCUGUGAGCAGCCUACAGUCACCCGGCAGGGCUCAUGGCUAAGAGGGAUUUGGACCCUGGACUUCACUGGACUCCAACUCCCUUCAUCCAUGACUACGCUGGUUGCUGUGGCUGAUGGGAGUCGGAGUCUGAACAACACCUGGAGAGGCCACAGGUUUCCGAUCCUUGAUGUACAUGGACUCCAGAACUAUCACUGUUGCGUGCAAAGAUUCUCUGAACUCCUUCCUAAAAGCACAAAAAGAAUAUCCAUCAUACUGAAAGAAAGUGAAAACACAUCUAGAGAGGAGUUGUCCAGAAAUCACACUGUGGCUGCUUUGCAAUGUUCUGGACCUCAAGGCACCAUGCAAGUGCACUUCAUUGUUUCCGAAAAGAUGUACAGAGGGAAACUAAAAGCUAUGGAUCUCUUCUAUGGCCUGAAACAAAUCACGGAUCCUGAUGAGAGGGGCUGUGCUGCUAAAUGCUGCUUGAUAUCGGCCGAUCACAGAAAGAGCCUCCAGAGUCAGGCAGAAGCUAGUAUUAUGGGGAAAGUGCUUCUCCCAGGGGUAUCGGAUUGUUUCAUCAUCAGCAAUCAAACUAAUAAUGACAAUUUUGCAAGAAGUUUGGAAAAGGCAACUGAAAUCCGAAUCAAUGCAACAUGUCAAGAAGCAGAUGAGAUGGAGGACAGGAAAAAGAUAGGUGUCUUCCUGAAAAUAGCCAUCUUGUGUGUCAUGGUGCCCCUGAUGUUCUUCUUUAUGGUAUUUGGUGUAUGCGAAGUCCCCUGUCCUUGUUCCCUUCCUCGUUGGACGCAAUGUCUCUUCCCUACGCAAAAACAUGAAGCAAAAGAGAAGAAAAUGACGGAAGCCACAAAUCCUGCAGCACACGGAAUCCCCAUCAUGGUCUGUUUGUUUUUAACAGUUCAGUCGUGCUUAUUCCAUUCAGCUAGACGAGACUUCCCUGGCCGUAGGACGAGAGCCCUGCGUCAUCAGGCUCAUCUAGUCCAGCAUCCUGCUCUCACAAUGGUGCAGCAGGUCCUCCAAAAGGAAGCCUACAACUUGGGCUUGAGGGCGGUAGCCCUCUCCCCACUUGUGAUUCCUAGUAGUUGGUAUUCAGUGGAGAACAUAGCCAUUGUGGCUAAUAGCCAUCAAAAGCUGUAUACUCCAUGGUUCUGGAACAAGUAGAACCCUGCCAGAUCACACUUAAGACCAAUCCAGCCAUAAGAACUUAAGAAAGGUCUUCUUAAACCAGGCCAGUGGUACAUCUGCACCACCACCCCAACUCACAACCAGUCAAGAAGGUGGUAUUUGCUGCCAGCUUCCUCCUCCUUUGUUUUAGGGUUGCCCUUGUUAGAACUCAAAUGAGAGAAGGGUGGAGACAAAAUUAAUUGGCUCUGUCUCUCCCUGUUAUGGACUCUGGCUCCAUCUACUGUUGGCCUCCCUUCUUUCUGUCCUACAGUGAUGAACCAGAUACUCAUGGGAAGCCCACAAACUGGGCCUGAAUGUGACAGCCCAUUCCCCACUUGCAAUUCCCAGCCCAAUUUGUGUAACCCCCCUUUCAAAGUCAUUCAUGUUGGUGGCCAUCUCUAAAAACAAAAAAACAUGCAAGUUAAUUAUUGCACAUGGAAGUAAAAGAUUUGGAAUUGCUUUUCCAGUCCUGCAUUGAACUGACAAAAUCCACCCCCAUGUUAGCAGUACUGUUUAAUAUGCAAAAGUUGGACUUGUUAUAUUAUAAAGUAGAUUUUUCAUUUG